GGUGGUGAAGAGAAGAGUUCCUGCACGGUGUGAGCAGACCGGAGCCGCAGAACCGAGCGGACUCCGGCGAGCACAGCAGCACCGGUCUUCAGUCUCCCGGCUUGACCGACGCUUUGGUGAAGACUUGGGGCGGCUGCGGCGGAGGUGCAGCCCCGGGGGGAACGAACCAUGGCUGUGUCGGUGAGGAGCUGGCUCGCCAACGAAGCAGGGAAACACUUUGUCCUGGUGGGAAAGUUUUCUUAUCAGCUUUGAAACAGUUUGGUUUGGAGUUCAAGCACCAGAAACCCUCAGGGCUGUUGUUAACUGAGGCUUUAGCAGCUGAACUAUAGCGCAUCAAACUCAUUUAGUUCUGCAGUAACAUACUUCUACUUUUUAUCCAUCCAUCCAUCCAUCCAUCCAUCCAUCCAUGCAUCCAUCCAUCCAUCCAUCCAUGCGUCCGUCCGUCCGUCCAUCCAUCCAUCCAUCCAUCCAUCCAUCCAUCCUCAGAUCCACUUUGUGUUUACAUUGAACUCCUUAAAACCAGAGUCCAGGCUGGAGGUGCUAAAGACUCGCGUGGGAGGAGGAGCUGAGAUGCAGUGGUUAUUAAGCUCGGGGGCUGUAUGUGUGUGCGUGGAGGGGGGGGGGGGUGGUGGUGAAGAGAAGAGUUCCUGCACGGUGUGAGCAGACCGGAGCCGCAGAACCGAGCGGACUCCGGCGAGCACAGCAGCACCGGUCUUCAGUCUCCCGGCUUGACCGACGCUUUGGUGAAGACUUGGGGCGGCUGCGGCGGAGGUGCAGCCCCGGGGGGAACGAACCAUGGCUGUGUCGGUGAGGAGCUGGCUCGCCAACGAAGCAGGGAAACACUUUGUCCUGGUGGGAAAGUUUUCUUAUCAGCUUUGAAACAGUUUGGUUUGGAGUUCAAGCACCAGAAACCCUCAGGGCUGUUGUUAACUGAGGCUUUAGCAGCUGAACUAUAGCGCAUCAAACUCAUUUAGUUCUGCAGUAACAUACUUCUACUUUUUAUGACGACUUUUUUUUUUUUUACCAUUUAACUUCGGAUAUUUGUGAAAACAUGCAGAUGAAGCCCCUGCUGCGUUAUGAUGUCUUUGUCCAUAGAGUAGUGUUGUGUGUCUGCUGUUGUGUCUCUGCUUCAUGUGUUGUGUCUGUGCAGAUGUUGUGGCUGGCGGCAAACACCUGGCUGUUCCUGGACACAUACCUGCUGUACUCCACCGGGCAGCAGUACCACUACCUCUACCAGAUGCUUGGGCUGGGACUGUGCAUCAGCAGAGCCUCUGCCUCCGUGCUGAACCUGAACUGCAGCCUGGUGCUCUUACCCAUGUGCCGCUCCCUGCUUACCUUCAUACGAGGCUCGCAUACGAUGUCAACAAGAAGGAUGCGCAGACUUCUGGACAAAAGCAAGUCCUUCCAUGUUGCAUGUGGGAUCGCCAUCUGCAUCUUCUCUGCGGUGCAUGUAUCAGCACACCUGAUUAAUGUGGUCAACUUCAGCGCCGGCUUUUCUGAAGACUUUCCAGCUCUCAACUUGGCUCGCUACAAAGGAGAGGACCCCAAGUUGAUCAUUUUUACUACAAUCCCAGGAGUUUCCGGCGUGUUGUUGGUCCUCAUCCUUCUGCUGAUGUUCAUAUCUUCAUCCCACUGCAUUCGGGUGUGUAAUUAUGAGAUCUUCUGGUACACACACAACCUCUUUAUUGUCUUCUACAUCAUCCUGAUGGUGCACAUGGCGGGAGGUGCUCUGAAGUUUCAGACCAACAUAGAGGCCCACCCCCCAGGCUGCCUCAGAGCCAGUCAGAGCCUUCGGCAGCAGCAGCAGGCUGAGGAUCUGGACCAGAAGCAAAGAUGCAAAGAAGAUGCUCACUUCCAGCCACAUUAUCCACAGACCUGGCUGUGGGUGUCCGGCCCUCUCUGUCUCUACUGUGUGGAGCGCUUUUACCGCUACAUCCGAAGCAGUCACCCUGUUACCAUAGUGACGGUUAUCAGACAUCCAUGCGACGUCGUCGAGUUGCGAAUGCUGAAGAAAAACUUCCGAGCUCGACCCGGACAGUAUAUACUCCUCAACUGUCCAGGUGUGUCUCCCUUUGAGAACCAUCCCUUCACUCUGACGGCGUGUCCCACCGAGAACAAGCAAACUUUUGGCAUCCAUCUGAGAAUUGUGGGAGACUGGACUGAACACUUUGCUCACCUCUUGCUUCCUCAGCCAAGAGCUGCCUUGGAGAUCCUUCCUGUGGUCCAUCAGAGGAGAUACCCAACGCUUUACGUCGAUGGCCCAUUUGGAAGCCCAUCAGAGGAAGUCUUCAACUAUGACGUCAGCCUUUGCAUUGCUGGAGGGAUAGGUGUGACACCUUUUGCUUGUGUGCUCAAUGCUCUAAUUGAGAGAUGGCAGAGCUUCAGGCUGCAGAGGCUGUACUUUGUUUGGGUCUGCAGGGAGCUCCAGUCUUUCUACUGGUUUGCAGAGCUGCUGUGUGCUUUACAUGAAAAGCUUUGGCAGGACAACAGACCUGACUACUUGAAUGUGAAACUUUAUGUCACUCAGAAGGACAGCCUGCAGAGCAUGUCUGAGCUACGAUACCGCCCUCUUGCUGCAAGGUUGCAGGUCGGUCGCCCAAAAUGGAAAUUGCUCUUUGACGAGAUUGGAAAGAGUAAUAAAGAUAAGCGAGUAGGAGUUUUCUGUUGUGGUCCAAAGGGGAUCUCCAGGACCCUUCACAGACUGUGCAAUUCAGCCAAAUCCUCAGGAGCUACUUUUGAAUUCAAUAAGGAGUCAUUUAGCUGACUGCUCCUUUUGUUCUAUUUUUGACAAAUGACAUGUAGCCAGGGGACUUUGAUCAUUCUUGACAUAUGAAGUGUCACGAGUCAUGUGACACUAACGAUCCAUAUGGAAAACUCAAUCCUGUGUUUCUGUCUCUUGUUUGCAAAUCUUUCUGCUACUUGUUGAGCAGGGGACUAAAGUUUCUUUGGUGCUAAACCAUAUUUUAGGAAUGAAAAAGUAAAAAAAAAAAAGGACUAUACUUUCAGGGAGAAGAAAAACCCAGUGCAACUUUUGCUCCCAUUCUAGUGAAAAACAAACAAUCUUUAUGCUACGUUAACACACAAUGCGAUUCACAUGUCAAAUUUGCAUCAACCGCCUCUUUUUGUCAAAUUUGUUGCUGGAUGCUUGCCCAAAAAUGUGUUUAUAAACUUGAAGCUGCCGCUGCAUGUGGGAGGAGCUACCAUCGACAUCAUUUAGCCUCAUUGCUACGUGACUGUCAUUUACAAUGCAUGGAAGACACUGAGAUCAGGUUUAUUUAUUUUGGAGAACUCUACAAAGGUCUUGGUAAUCAUGUCUCCAAAUCUGCCUUGAAGCCAAAGAUGAAAGAAUGAUUACCUGCUUUAUUUGAUCACAGUGGUUUUGCUUCAGUUACUGUAAUCUUGGCCUCUAUUCCAAACAUCUCCAAAGGAACAUUUCUAUGGACUUUUUUCAAUGAGUGGCUCACGUGGAGCUCUCUGAAUAUUUAUUUUCGGUAAUCUUUAGAUUUCAGUGUUUGUUUAUUCAAAGUUUUUUAUAUUUUAUUGCAUUGACUGUACAUCUGUGUACAUUCUUUUAAUUAUGAUUAUGCAGUUUUUAUGCAAAAUAAAACACAUUUCUCCGACAUA